AUGGAAGCCUCUUCCCCUCUGGCGGCAUUACACCGCCCGUCAAUGCUCCCUAGUUGGGGUAGUCGAGAUGUCUUUCGCGGGCACCCUCAUUACUCUACAUCAUCUGUCACAUCCGCAAGCAUGAGUCUGCGCGAGCAGAUGCACAAGCACUCUGGAGACUAUUUCAACGUCAAGGACGUACGAGGCUCCUCGCCCGCUGCGAGUUUGGCUGCUGAUCUUUCCCAGAACUUCCGACUUGACAGCGAUUCGAGUCCUCAGUUCCCCACUCCCAGAAGAGCACUCUUCACGGCUGGCAUGAUGGGCAGCUUGGAAGGUCGAGAUUCAGUCACAACUCCCCCAUUACCAUCCUCGUCGCCUGCCCCACUGGCCGAGCUCAAGGAGUUGAUGGAGGUGUCACCUCUGCCUCACAAGACACCUUUCUUCACCCAGUUCGAGAUAACUUCUCCAACUCCGGGGUCGACACCAGCCGCUGACGAUGAAAUGAUUCUUGAUUCCCCGGCUCCUAUCUCUAGGCAGUCUUCCUUGGAACCUCCCAAGCCCAUCAUGGCUGAAAACCGUAGAAUAGCUGUCCCACGAAGACCAUCCCUAACCCGGAUGAAGGGUUUCAGUACCACGGCCGUACCCAGUCGCCAGGCUGACACGGAGCUGCCUCCGUUCCGCUUCGGUGCUGGCUCUCGCCUGAACCAUACCAGCUCCAACCUGUCUCUCAGCGAAUGUUUCGAGUCGACAUCACCACCUCAGGAGCGCAGACCCGCAUCUGCCAACAGUCCAUGCCCUGGUCUUUCUAUCGGCCGCACUAGACCCCAAUUCCUCAACUUCAAUGCAUGCUCUCGCGUCAAUGGCUCUCCUUCCAUGAACUCCCAUUCCCGGCGACAGUCCAAUCCCUUUCUCAGGAAUCGAAAGCAGUUCCGUCGGUCAUUAAGCAUGUUCGAGCAUCCUGCUGACAUAAUGAAGAGCAAUUCAGAGGGAGAGGAGACCACCUCUUCCGCGCUUCAAUCGGUUAUGGAUGUGGAGGAGGCUCAAGAGCCCGUCCUCCCCCAUUUCCUUUUGGAAGAUCCCACCGAUACCAUUCCUCGCAUCACUCGAGAGACACUCGUCGACGUCUUGGAUGGCAAGUACAGCUCCCACUUCGACCAGAAGAUCGUGAUCGACUGCCGGUUUGAGUAUGAAUAUGAGGGCGGCCACAUUGAUGGUGCUGUCAACUACAAUGAUAAGGACCUGCUCACAAAUCAGCUCUUCCAGACUCCUAUGGAUGGGCGGACGCUUCUCAUCUUCCACUGCGAGUAUUCAGCCCACCGUGCCCCCCUGAUGGCUCGUCAUGUUCGAUCUGAGGACCGCACCGUGAAUGCUGAGUUCUACCCCAAACUUACAUAUCCCGAAGUCUACAUUUUAGACGGUGGGUAUUCGGGCUUCUUUACCGAACACCGGGGUCGUUGCUAUCCUCAAGAAUACGUUGAGAUGUCUGAUGAGGCUCACCAGCGCACUUGCGAACGCGAAAUGGGCCGAUUGAAAUCUCGUAAAGGUCUCAGCCGCGCCGCGACUUUCGCUUUUGGCCAACGUGAGCCUUGUGUAGACGAGUCACCUACUGCUCCCAGCAGGCCUCAGUCACGAACUCUCCAUGCACCAAUCUCCCUCCUUGGUGCCUCCCCCAUCAUUGGCGACCGAUCACAUGCUCGCCGUAUGGCCUCUUAUUAG